AUGGGUAGCGUCUUCCUGCCUCAUCUCCACACGGGGUGGCAUGUCGAUCAGGCAAUAGUGACAGAAACGGAACGGCUGGUAGUGGUCAGGUUCGGUCGCGCUGGCGACACCGAGUGCAUGAUGAUGGACGAGCUUCUGUAUUCGAUAGCAGAAAAAGUGAAGAAUUUCGCUGCAAUCUACCUGUGCGACAUAGACGAGGUUCCGGACUUCAACGAGAUGUACGAGUUGCACGAUCCCUUGACUGUGAUGUUCUUCUACCGGAACAAGCAUAUGAUGUGCGAUUUUGGCACGGGAAACAAUAACAAGAUGAACUUUCUGGUCGACGACAAGCAGGAGAUGAUCGACAUCCUGGAGACCAUCUUCAGAGGCGCUCGCAAGAACAAAGGUCUGGUUAUCUCGCCCUACGACUACAACUACAAGCGCGUUUAA